UCUUGACGAUGAUCAGUUAAAAGACCAUCUGCUAGCUAGAAAGAGAAAUAAAUGGUGGGGUUACUGGUAAUAAAAGGUAGUGGGAGAAGACUCUGAGUGGAACGAGUGCUACUCUUUCGAAGCAGUCAGGUAGAACGAUUUUCCACUCUCCGACGCGAUGUGCAGGUAUAAUUUGAUGCUGUGUACUAUCUUGCUGUGUCUACUGUGUAUAGCGCACAGCUAUUUGAUCGCGAAGAAACGCGUGAGAUCUAACAAAUUUGACGUUGUGCUAUUUACUCAGAGAUGGCCACCAACAGUUUGUUACAUGUGGAAAGAACGUAACGAAUCGCACAGUUGUUUACUACCUAAACAAAACAAGUGGACUAUACAUGGUAUUUGGCCUACGCAAUUUGGUCAUCUCGGCCCGGAGUUUUGCAACAAAACAUUGCCAUUUAACGAAAGUGCUCUAGCACCCAUAGAGAAUGAAUUGAAAGAAAACUGGAUUGAUGUCUGGAACGGGUCCAAGCCCUAUUCAUUUUGGAAACACGAGUGGUACAAACACGGAACCUGUGCAGUUACCAUAAAAGAUAUGGACAGCGAAUUUAAAUAUUUUCAAACAGGCUUGAAACUACUUAACACUUAUAACAUGAUAAACGUGCUUGCAAAAGAGAAUAUCUUACCGGGUCUAAAAUAUAUGGUAGAUGACUUUUUUCAUGCAAUUCAAAAGAUUUUGGGCAAAAGAGUCGAAGUGAUAUGCACGAAGGACAAGGAAACAGGUGAAUCAUAUGUGUUUGAAAUAAGGAUCUGUUUCGACAAGACACUACAACUGAUGGACUGUGAUGGGGUUUAUAAUUUCCCUACGAACUGUGAUAAAUCUAGACCGAUAACGUAUCCUGGUCAUGUACCACACAUAUCACACUACCAAGUAAUACAGAUAUAACGAUUUCGUUAACGAUAUAACGAUUUCGUUAAUAGAUAUUUCGUUAACUUUUAUGUGCGCACGAACUAGGGGAUUGAGAUAGUAUAAAAUUAUAGGAUAAAAUUACACAUGUGCAUAUGACAACGUAUGCACAAGAUUAACCUCGUCAUGGUAAGAAUUUAGUAAUGAAUUGUACAGAUAGCUUUAUCCGCACAAGAUAAAUAAGUAAUAUUAUUUUCUUUAAUUUUAAAUAUAUAUAUAUAUAUAUAUAUAUAUAUAUAUAUAUAUAUAUAUAUAUACACACAUACAUACAUGUAUGUAUAUAUAUAUACAUAUAUACAUAUAUACAUACAACAUAUAUAUAUAUAUAUAUAUAUAUAUAUAUAUAUAUAUAUUUAUAAAAUGCACCAUUAAGAAAAUAUAUUCUUUAAACUAAGACAUUUACCACACAAAUCUAAAUUAAAUCACGAAUACUUUUACUGCUUUUUACACGAUACACGAGGAUGUAAAAGCACCGUUAGUCGAGUUACAGGUACCAAUGUAGAAUUUUAAAAUUGACAUAAGCUAUUUUCAUUUAAGUUUAGAACCAUAGCAUUAUUGAGAGAAACUGAAGAAAAAUCAGAAAAAUCUGUAUAUUACAGACAAUAAGCUUGCUAUAGAUGUCUUACUGAUGAGAAGAAUUAUCGUUACACUGGUGAAUGUCUUGUAAUUAAUCUGUAUGAGAAUGUACAUCAGUAUUUCUGCUUACGAAUUAGGGCAUCAUUGGCUACAUCAUUCCACCUUCUUCUGAACAAUCACGACUGCCGAGGGAACCAAGCCUAUAAGUUAAAGAAUAAUACAUAUUGUAUUAUCUUCAACUGUAAAAGGAUCUCUCUUAUGUCGAGUAUGCGUAUCAAUCAAUCAUUGUUAUUGAUCAAUGUUUAUGUAUUGUUGCACGAAAAAUGUCAUUAUAAUAUAGAACUAUACAAUUGAAUUACCAAUAAUUAGUAAAAAUUAUAUAAAAACUAUAAAUUAUGUGCUGUAUGUGACAAUAAAUGUAUCAAUGUACAAUAAAUGCAUACCUAAUACA